AAAGAUGCCAUGACAUAUUAUUUGUUGUUGGACUACACUAUCCUUAAAAAAAAUAAAACCGAUGCAUACAUUGUUCGUGGUGACGUAUCAUCCUUAGCAACUAUUGUCUGUUCUAUUGUUCUUGGCUAGAGUUUUCCAUCACUCUCCCACUUCACAGUUCACACCAUUCAUAAUUCACAACCACUUUCAUUCUAAUGAUUCUUCUAUAACCUCAACCUCAAACCCAAAUCAAUGAAUACUUUCUCUCCUUCCUCAACUUCCCUUUCUUCCACAAUUCUACCUUUCCCCUCACAUACAAAAAACUCCAUUUUAUGUGCCACAAGGCUUAAUGGAAACACCAACCAAUUUGGUUUUUCCAAAGGAACCCUCUUGCAGUUGAAGUCAAGGAUAAUUGCUUGCUCUUCUCCACAGGAUGCUGGCUCCGGUGAAAUCACACCAAACAACUUUUGCAUUAUUGAGGGACCAGAGACUGUUCAGGAUUUUGUUCAGAUGCAAGUGCAGGAAAUUCAAGAUAACAUAAAGAGCAGGCGCAACAAAAUCUUUCUUCUCAUGGAAGAGGUAAGGAGAUUGCGUGUGCAGCAGCGCCUAAGAAGAAUACAAAGAGCUUUUAGUGAAGAGGGAGAGGAGGAUGCAAAUGAGAUGCCGGAAAUUCCUUCAUCAAUUCCUUUUCUUCCUCAUGUGACGCCCAACACUUUGAAGAAGCUUUAUCUAACAGGUGCAUCAUUCAUAUCUGCAAUAAUUGUAUUCGGCGGGCUUAUUGCACCAACGCUGGAACUGAAAUUGGGUAUUGGUGGUACCUCAUAUGAGGAUUUCAUAAGAAGCUUGCAUUUGCCUUUGCAACUAAGUCAGGUCGACCCGAUUGUGGCAUCCUUUUCGGGUGGAGCAGUUGGCGUGAUUUCAGUACUGAUGUUAAUCGAGGCUAAUAAUGUUGAGCAACAAGAGAAAACCAGGUGCAAGUAUUGCCUAGGAACCGGUUACUUGGCUUGUGCUCGGUGUUCCACAACUGGUGUAUGCUUGAAAAUUGAUCCAAUUUCAGCAUCUGGUGCUACUGUUAGACCCUUGCAAGUUCCUACAACCAAAAGAUGUCCAAAUUGCUCCGGUGCUGGAAAGGUUAUGUGUCCAACCUGUCUUUGCACUGGGAUGAAGAUGGCAAGUGAACAUGACUUGAGAAUCGAUCCAUUUGACUAAUUCUCUUCAUAUUCUGACUUUGGAGGACUUGUAUUUUCACCUCAAAUUUAGCAAUAAUUUUUCUUUUAGAACAAAAUAUAUAUGAAUAAGGAAUAUGGCUAAAAAGCUUGUAACAUUCUGUUGUGCUAGAAUUCUUGAUCCUAGUUCCAUAUUGAUUGAAUAUAAUGUGAUACUUUUAAUACAA